UACACACGCUGAGGUGCAUUCUCUGUGUGGCCCGAGAGAGAGAGGGUGAAUGAAAGGAAUAUCGAUACCAGCGGUGAUGAAGCGCGUCGGGAAUAAGAAUGGUGGUGGGAAUGCCAGUACCGGUCUGGGUAGCAGUUGUUCCCCUGGAAGGCGAGUAUUACGAAGAAGUCCAAGCCCCAUCCCCAUCGCCUCGGGCUAUACCCCUCCCAGUUCCACCCCACCCCCGCCUCCACCCACUCACAGUUGGCAUUUCACUCGAAGGAGUCUCCAUGGGUUGGGAGGAAACUACGUGAGAGUGGGAAUGAUGGCCGGGGAGCACUUCCCUGGUGUUCACGGGACGCCUCCACCUUGCGCCCCACCUCCAAUCCCCACAGCUCCACCAGAUGCAUCCAUCCACACCAGCACUUCCGCCUCCGUUUCGGGCACCCGUUCUUCUUCUUCGUCGCCUUCGGUCGGAGGCCCCGAUGAGAGUUUCCACUCUCAAUACCAUGCCUACAAUAGCUUGCGGCGGAUGGACGCAUUUUGUCAUCAGAGGACCCUCACUGACGUCACUCUCGUUGCUGGUUCGAGGAGAAUUCAGGCCCAUCGAUUGGUGCUGGCAGCUGCAACUGACUACUUUGCUGCAAUGUUUGGAGGGGAUAUGAGGGAAGCCGGGCAAGGAGAAGUCACUUUGCAUGGGGUGGAUCCCGAUGCCCUUGCUACGCUCGUCCGAUAUUGCUAUACUGGGUCAUUGGAGCUAUGGGAGGAGAUGGUGGAGAAUUUGCUGGUUGCAGCCCGAGUCCUCCAAUUGACGGAAGUGGUCGAGGCGGCAUGUGGUUUCCUUAUGAGGCAACUUCAUCCUUCCAAUUGCCUAGGGAUCCUUGGAUUCGCCGAGACACAGGGUUGUCCCGAUCUCUUAAGAGUCGCUCACUACUUUGUUAUGAAUCAUUUUAUGGAAGUGAUAGAGAACCAGGAGUUCAUGAUGCUCCCUGCAGACGACCUGUCUCGUCUCCUUGCCUCCGAUGAUCUCAAUGUGCCUUCUGAAGAAGUUGUUUUCCAGGCUUUGAUGUCGUGGCUCCAACAUGACUUACCCAAUCGAAAGCAAGACAUCGGCAAGCUCCUUCGGUUCGUUCGUCUUCCUCUUGUUGCUCCCGAGUUCAUAGUGGAUCGGAUUGAGAGCAACAGUCAUUUGAGAGAGGAUAGGGAGUGUCAAGAGUUGAUUGUAGAGGCGUUGAAGUAUCAGGUCCUUCCAGAAAGACGUUCUUCCCUCCAGAACAGUAGAACUAGGCCGAGGAAGUCCACUGUCGGCUCCCUCUACGCAGUUGGAGGCAUGGAUGCCAACAAAGGGGCUUUCAACAUAGAACAGUAUGACUACCGGCUGAACACAUGGUCUAUUGUGGGCAUGAUGGCUGGACGACGACUCCAAUUUGGAGUGGCUGUUGUUGAAGACAAGUUAUUUGUGGUUGGAGGCCGUGAUGGACUGAAAACGUUGAAUACGGUGGAAUGCUAUGAUCCAGGGUCUCAGGUGUGGACUCCUGUCCAGCCUAUGUCCACUCAUAGACAUGGACUUGGAGUGGCUGUCUUAGAAGGUCCUCUCUAUGCUGUUGGAGGUCACGAUGGAUGGAGUUACCUGAGCACUGUGGAGCGAUGGGAUCCUGAAACAAGACAAUGGACCUAUGUCGCUCCCAUGUCUACCCAGAGGUCCACCGUUGGUGUUGCCAUCCUCAAUGGAAAGUUGUAUGCAGUUGGGGGUCGGGAUGGAAGUUCAUGCCUCAGGACAGUAGAGGUGUAUGACCCUCACAGGAACAAAUGGACCAUGUGUGCUCCAAUGUUGAAGAGGAGAGGUGGAGUUGGUGUUGGCUCUGUCAAUGGAUUCCUCUAUGCCAUUGGUGGACAUGAUGCCCCUGCUUCCAAUCCCUGUGCUUCUCGAUUCGACUGUGUUGAAAGGUAUGACCCAAAAACAGACACAUGGACACAGGUGGCAUCCAUGAGUGUUGGGAGAGAUGCAGUUGGUGUGGCUGUUUUGGGUGACAAGUUGUUUGCUGUUGGUGGAUAUGAUGGCCAGCAGUAUCUCAAUAUUGUAGAGUGCUAUGAUCCACUCACUAAUGAAUGGACCAAGGUGGGUUCUCUUGUUACUGGUAGAGCAGGUGCAUGCCUGGCUGUGAUGAGGCAUCAAGGCAUUACUUGAUACUCGAGGGAAGAGGCUGGACUGGCCUCCUUGUCCAUUGGACAGCCUUGCUGUAUCCUCCUCUGAUCUGAUACCUGGGACCAAAGAUUCCUAUUCCACUCUUACUUUUUCUCUCCUCAUCCCCCUUCUUGCCUUAUACCCUGACCAGAGAGUUCUCUUGUGAUAGGAAUUUGCCUUUGCCUCAGCUAUUGCAGAGAUUCCCAUUGAAAAAAAGAAUGGCUUAAGUCAAGAUUUUCUAGUAUCAUACCUCCUCCACAUUCCACCAUGAGAUCAUUUCACCUUCAUCUUCCCCCUUCAAAUUCAUCCUUUUCUGUGGAUCACUUUCAUUCCUCCAU